AUUUUGUGUUUAUGGAUAUGUCUAUGGUCUGAAACCUUCAAUGUCUUUUAUGUGUUGACAGUAGCUUUUCGUGAACGUAGAGGGAAAAGAAAUAAGCAAAAUGUCUCUCGUAAUUCCGGAUAAGUUUCAACACAUUCUCCGUAUCAUGAAUACCAAUAUUGAUGGCAAACGCAAAGUUAUGUUUGCAAUGACUGCCAUUAAGGGAGUCGGUCGUAGGUACUCAAAUAUUGUAUUGAAAAAAGCCGACAUUGAUUUGGACAAACGUGCUGGAGAAUGUACCGAAGAAGAAGUAGAAAAGAUUGUUACAAUUAUGUCAAACCCAAGGCAGUACAAAAUCCCCGACUGGUUCCUGAAUAGGCAAAAAGACAUUGUUGACGGUAAAUACAGCCAAUUGACAUCCUCAAAUCUGGACUCUAAGCUCCGUGAAGAUUUGGAGAGAUUGAAGAAGAUUCGGGCACAUCGAGGAAUGCGUCACUACUGGGGCCUCCGUGUACGUGGUCAGCACACCAAGACCACUGGCAGACGUGGAAGAACUGUUGGUGUGUCCAAGAAGAAGUAAACAAAUAAAUAAUCAUUUUGCCAAAAA